CUUCAUCUCUCUAACUCGGCACCACACACUCUCUCUUAAAGCCCUAAUCUUUAACCCUAAAAAAUCCCCAAAUCUCAUCAUCUCCUUCUCCCCGCACGUACAGCGAUGGCUCUAGUGAGACCCGGAUCCGGAAACCAACCCCCAAAGCUCCGAUGGGGAGAGCUCGAGGAGGACGACGGUGAAGACCUCGACUUUCUCCUGCCGCCGAGGCAAGUGAUUGGGCCCGACGAGGACGGGAUCAAGAGGGUGAUCGAAUACAAGUUCAACGAGAAUGGAAAUAAGGUCAAGAUGACGACCAUUACCCGGGUUCGGAGACUCGCCCAGGCCCGGCUCAGUAAGCGGGCCGUGGAGCGCCGCUCCUGGCCCAAGUUCGGGGACGCCGUGCACGAGGACGUCGGUGCUAGGCUCACCGUGGUCUCCACCGAAGAGAUCUUCCUCGAGCGCCCCAGGGCUCCUGGUAGCAAAGCAGAAGAACCAAAGGCUGGAGGAGACCCUCUGUCUCAACUCACAAAAGGAGGGGCUGCUCUCAAACUAUGUAGGACUUGUGGUAAGAAGGGUGAUCACUGGACUUCACAUUGCCCGUAUAAGGAUCUCGCCCCACCAAAUGAAGGAUUUAGUGAUAAACCUCCUACAUCAGAAGUAGUGCCUGGAACUCCUAGCACAGGUAAGUAUGUUCCUCCAGUCCAGAGAGGAGGUGGAGACAGAGUUGGAAGUGAUAUGAGACGAAGGAAUGAUGAGAACUCUGUUCGUGUCACCAACCUUUCAGAGGACACUCGUGAGCCUGACUUGCUUGAACUUUUCCGGCCUUUUGGUGCUGUUAGCCGUGUUUACGUUGCUUUGGAUAAGAAUACUUCCGUUAGCAGAGGAUUUGGUUUCGUCAACUUUGUGAACAGGGAAGAUGCCCAGAGAGCAAUCAACAAACUGAACGGGUACGGUUAUGACAAUCUCAUCCUCAGGGUUGAAUGGGCUACACCGAGGACAAAUUAGAGCUUCCCCCACCCCCUCCUUAUCGUUUUCUAUAAAGAUAUUCGCAUUAGGAAUGUUUUGCAGGAUUUUGGUCCUAUAAUGUUCUGUUCAGAUGCUUUGUUUAAACCUAUGUUCAGGAUUUUGGUGCUCUUGCUUGUAAGAGUACUAAAUGAGAAAUUAAUGUUAGUUGUUUUCAGCUUAAAAAUUGGUAUGCCUGAAAAUUUUGAUUGUCCUUGAAACA